AAACAAUUGCUGAGACUUGGUGAGCAUUACAAUGAAGAUGAAGUUUUCUUUUGUCUUUCUUCUUUUAUUAGAUAUCCCUCGUCUAAAAGGGCAGCAGAAGACAGAGGAGUUUGAACACAUUUUCCUGAGAUUUGCCUUCCCUUCGUUUUACAACAGUCACAACAAAUCCUGCUGUAAACUCUACCCAGGAGGUUGUUACAAGCUGCUGGACAGCACAGGAUACACCUGUGAAUUACUGAGAGGAAGAGUUACAAAAACUGAGAGAGACGGCUGGAUUGAAUUCAAAAUAUCAAAUGUGCAGUUUGUGGAUGGAGGCUACUACAGAUGUAUUGUGCUCGGAACCCAAAACCCCAUCUACUCUGACUACUAUGUCGAGGUCUCAGAAGCUUCAAAGCACCACAGUCAGUCUCAGCCUCCAGUGACAACAACCAUCAAAACCCUCAGCACCUCCACAACACUCCCACAAUCCACUGGACCUGUUCUGACACAGGACCAAAGCAGCAGUCUCAGAGUCCCCUGGAGUUUUGGCCUGCCACUAGCUGUCAUUGUGUCCAUUACAGUGAUGGUAUUGAUCACUUCAGUUAUUGGUGUUAUUUGCUUCAGAGUGAAGGCAAAACGUAAAAAGUUGGACCAAUGUGGAGAAACUCUGCAUGAGUCACUGAAACAAGAGGCCCCAGAAGUUAGUGGCAUUGUCUAUACAACAGUGGACUUUAGACCUCACCAGAAACCCACAGAGGUGUAUGAAAACCUGAAGACGCCCAGAACACGAGCAGGAGCCCCUGAAACAGAGCUUGCUGAGAUGGUGGAGUACUCCACACUGGCAAUCCAUCAGUGAAUUAAUGCGAAAGUUUAAAUAGUUUCAGAUUUUUAAUGUGGGAUUUUAUUAAUUAGAUCGCUGUGUUUUUAAAGGAAGCUCUGUCAAUUUUUAGAGUUUAGCAGGUAGGGAGGAUCUAAAAACAAAUCAUUUGGUUGCAUCAUGGGAAAUGAAGGGUCCACUAUUUUUUUGGAGCUUGAACCACACAAAGGACAGGAUAUUUUGGCCUCUGCUGCUUCUAUUUGAGUUCCCCAAAUUCACAGAAGUGCAAUGUUGAAACGCUGAAUUACGUCUUUAAAUGUAAAUGACAAAAGCUUUUUGUGAAAAAUGUUUGAAGGCAUAAAAAAAUGGAAUGAU